AUGGCCAUCGGAUUACAUGCUUAUAAAACGAAGGCUAACAUAUCUCCGAAAAGAAUAAAGGGGAAGGGGCAGUCAGAUGAACGCAAUAACAAUACACUAUUAUCAAGUAUUCAGUUUGAUGGGGGUGGAGAGAGGAACGGAAUAGAUGGAAUUGCUGAUGGAAUAGUGGGGAUUGUUGUUGGAAGUGUGGGCAGUGAGUUGGCUGGCAAUGGAGGUAGAGUAGUUGGCAAAGGUGUUGUAGGCAAUGCUGAUUUCGGCAAUGAUGGGAUUGAUGGCAAUGGCGGCAAUGUGGCCUUUGGCAGAGUCAGGGUAGUUGGAAAUGAAGGCAAAGGGUUUGAGGGCAGAGGUGGAAAUGUGGCCUUGGGCAGUGUUGGUAGUGAGCUGGCUGGCAAUGGAGGUAGUGUCGCGGGCAAGGGGGUCGGCACAGUAGGCAAUGCUGAUUUUGGCAAAGAUGGGAUUACAGGUGGGGUGGUAGGCGGUGUAGGCAACGGGGUGGAUGGCAAUGGUGGCAAGGUGGCUUUUGGAAGAGUUGGGGUAGUUGGAAGUGUAGGCAGGGGGUUUGAGGGCAUUGGUGGCAAUGUGGCCUUGGGCAGUGUUGGUACCGAGGGCAACGGGGGCAGGGUGGCCUUAGGCAGUGUUGGUGCCGAGGGUAGUGGAGGCAAUGCAGUCUUGGGUAGAGAGGGAAUUGUGGGUAGUACUGGCAAUGCUGGUGGAGGAGCCGCUGCUGUGUCCAAGAGGUGGCGAGCUGCUUGGCUCUUAUGGGUACUUGACAGUAGCAACAUCAUGGCCAAAGACAGAACGAAGAAAAGCUUAGAAGAAGUCAUGUUUGAGUUUAAAGGAGCUGCCAAGGCAAAUCUCAUCAGAAAAGAAAUGUUGUUUCUUUUUGAUGGGGGUGGAGAGAGGAACGGAGUCGAAGGAAUUGCGGAUGGAGUUUUGGGGAUUGUUGGCGGGAGUGUAGGCAGUGAGUUGGCCGGCAAUGGAGGUAGUGUAGUUGGCAAGGGUGUUGUAGGCAAUGCUGAUUUCGGAAAAGAUGGUAUUGAUGGCAAUGGCGGCAAUGUGGCCUUUGGCAGAGUUGGGGCAGUCGGAAGUGAAGGCAAGGGGUUUGAGGGCAGGGGUGGCAAUGUGGCCUUGGGUAGUGUUGGUAGUGAGCUGGCUGGCAAUGGAGGUAGUGUCGCGGGCAAGGGGGUUGUCGGCACAGUAGGCAAUGCUGAUUUUGGCAAAGAUGGGAUUACAGGUGGGGUGAUAGGCGGUGUAGGCAACGGGGUAGAUGGCAAUGGUGGCAAAGUGGCUUUUGGAAGAGUUGGGGUAGUUGGAAGUGUAGGUAAGGGAUUUGAGGGCAAUGGUGGUAAUGUGGCCUUGGGCAGUGUUGGUAUCGAGGGCAACGGGGGCAGGGUGGCCUUGGGCAGUGUCGGUGCCGAGGGUAGUGGAGGCAAUGCCGUCUUGGGCAGAGAGGGAAUCGCGGGCACUACUGGCAGUGCUGGUGGAGGAGCUGCUGCUGUGUCCAAGAGGUGGCGAGCUGCUUGGUUCAUUUGGGUGCUCGAGAACGACAAGACUGCGACCAAAGAUAGAACGAAGAACUGCUUGGGAAGAGUCAUCAUUGAAAUUAAUGGAGCUGCCAAGGCAAAUAUGAUCUAUAAAAAUGGUGUUUCUUGUUAUGAGAAGACAGUACUUCAUUGGUUUUUAUAG